AUGGGGAAAGAUGGAGGAUGGUUCGAAAACAGACGACAUACCAUCGGUUGCCGUACAUCCAUUUUCUCAGGACAAAGAGACACCCGGUUUGUCACUGACCUGAGAAGGGACGAACUGAAGAAGCUAACACAGAUCCUACACAUAGACAUCACAAGAGCGAGACCCACUGAGGAGAUUGUCAAGCGUAUGAUCCACGAGUUGCCCAAGAAUCUGCGCCGUGAUCGCUGGUCAAGAACAAACAAGGAUUUGUGCGAUGCCCAUCAGGGCCUGAAUGCAGAUCUCAUAGCUGAUUUGUUCAAACUUUUCCAGAGGGAGGUCGGUCACCACCUUCGCAUGUUUGAAGCAUACCCGGACUUGCUGAAGCCUCUCGAUAUAUUGAUCCUACAGAAACUACAGGCUAUACGGGGCAUGUGGAAGAAACCCGAUUCAAAAGACCAGGCUAUCCCCGAAGCAUGGCAUUAUGAGAUCAAUUGUUGUCAAGGGUGUAUGGUAGCUCGGGUUGCGAGCGACAAGAAUGCACUGCGCAAUCUUCGAAUCGCCCUGCUGGCUCGCACGCAGACUCGUUUCAACCAUGCCCCACGAAGACUAAUGAAAUUCGUCGACACCUGCAUUGACCUAUUCCCCGAUGAAGUGGAUGAGCUAUACGGCACAUCUAGUCAGUUUGCAUUCAUCUUGAAGGACACCCGCGAGGUCUGCAGCAAGGCCUGGUACAAAGACCCGGCACAUGCGGAUUCCAAGCCCUCACAUAGAAGGCACACCUAUCAUGGCAUGACUGACAACAGUGUCAAGAAUAGAAAAAGCGCACGUAGCCAUAGAACGGCUAGUGAGUAUGAUCCAAGGAAGAAGUAUACCCAGCCACCACCACCACUCGCAUUAGCCCACCCCGCAGAAAGGUAUGCCCCCAAAUCUUCGUCGUCGUCCCGAUAUACUGACAUUGACACGGAAGGACGCAGGAUGUAUCGUCCGACAUCAAGCCCUUCCAGGAAAGCCGCGAGAACGUCAUACCACAUGAAGCGAGAUCGACGCUCGGACCCGAACUCGGAUCGCGUCACUAGAUUCAUGGAUUUCGCCGAUGACAACUAUCAAGGCUUAGGAAUAAAUAUGGAAAGGCGGAGUGCGAAUACUGUCAGUGAACCUGUAAGCCCCCCGUCACCUAGCGCCGCAAGCACUUUCGCGGGAACUUUGGAGGAAAUCGACGAAGUGCUUGAGAUGCACCAGGGGUUGGGAAAUCCCUCACGAAGCAGCCCAUCCCCGGUACACGGGAGUAGCGAGGCUCCGUCAGGGUGUCGUUCCCCGUCGAUAUCUUCCACUGAAAUUGAGUGGAGUGAUGAAGUUGAAGACCGGAGAAAGCCGGAAAGUGGCUCAACAGCGAGGACUACUUGGAAUCUGGGUGAAGAGUCGAAUAGGAUUUGA